CCACUGAGCCACCCAGGCGCCCCAGUACUGGCACGGACAUUUGAUGCAGCUCUGAUCUGUUAAGUAUGAGGGAAAGUCUGCCAAGCAGCUUCUGGGAAAUGGUUGAGUCCUUGAUCACCAAUCCUGGAGAUCUCAGAUUCUAGUCUACAGGAAUAAGAUAUUUUCAGUAUUGAAAGAAGGUGGAGGUCCCCGUCUUGGGAGAUCAUCAUUUCUGGCAGCAGCCUGACCUGAGAUAUCUGACCAUAACUUCCAGGCAGGCCCAGAGCAGACAGAAGACAGUAUACUCUGCAGUUGGCUAGUCCUUUCUUCAGAACAGGAGAACAUGACCAAGGACCGGGUACCGUUAUCAUUCGAGGAUGUGGCUGUCGGCUUCUCCUGGGAGGAGUGGCAGUUACUGGCUCCAUCUCAGAAGGACCUGUACCGGGACGUGAUGUUGGAGAACUAUAGGAACCUGGUGUCAGUGGGUUAUCAAGCCAGCAAACCAGAUUCACUCUUCCAGUCAUUGCAAGGAGAACCACCAUGGACGGUAGAGGGAGCAGCUCGGAGUCAAAGCUGUCCAGAAGAAAUAUGGGAGAUUGAUCGUAUGCACUGGCACCCAGAAAACCAAAACGAGAGUAAAACCUUGGAAAGAGAUCAGCAAAGUUAUGCACUUGGAAAUAAUUCCGAUUUAUGUGAAAGUCUUGUUCCUUUAACACAAAGACACAAUAAGUUUGGCUCACAUUGUAAAAGUUUGAAACCACAUUUGGGUUUUGUUAUUCAGAAUAGAAGACAUGCAGGAGAGGACUCUGAUGAGUUUAGUGGAUGUGAGAAAUUAUCAGUCUACAUCCAGCAGGAUACAACUCUUAGUGGACUUAAAUGCCAUGGAUGGGUGAAACCCAGUGGCACUAGAUCACAGUUCAGUGAACAUCAAAAAACUUAUACAGAAGAGAAAGCACGUGAAUGCAGUAAGUGUGGGAAAGCCUUCUCCAGGAAGGCACAGCUCAUUAGGCAUCAGAGAACUGAAAGAGAAGAGAAGCCACACGGAUGCAAUGAAUGUGGGAAAACAUUCAUGAGGAAGAUUCAGCUCACUGAACACCAGAGGACUCAUACUGGAGAGAAACCCCACGAAUGUAAUGAAUGUGGAAGAGCCUUCUCCAGAAAGUCGCAGCUCAUGGUACAUCAGAGAACUCACACAGGAGAGAAACCCUAUGGGUGCAGUGAAUGUGGCAAAGCCUUCAGCCGGAAGUGCCGGCUCAGUAGACAUCAGCGAUCUCACACUGGAGAGAAACUCUAUGGAUGCAGUGUGUGUGGGAAAGCCUUCUCCCAGAAGGCAUACCUCAUUGCACAUCAGAGGCUUCACACGGGAGAAAAGCCUUAUAAAUGCAGUGAAUGUGGAAGAACUUUCUUUUUCAAGUCGGACCUGACCAAGCAUCAGAGAAUUCACACAGGAGAGAAACCUUACGGAUGCAAUGAGUGUGUAAAAGCCUUCAGGAGCAAGUCAAAGCUCAUUCAGCAUCAGCGAACUCAUACUGGAGAGAGACCGUAUGAGUGCAGCGAAUGUGACAAAGCCUUUGCCCACGUGUCGGUCCUCAUUAAACAUAAGAAAACUCACACAAGAGAGAAAGCUAUAAAUUCACUGAAGGUGGAGAAACCUUCCUCAGGGAGUCCUAGCUCUUUGUACAUGAGUGAACUUGCACAGGAGCAAAACAACAUGAACACAGUGCCUGUGGAAAUACCUUCUUUGGGAACUCAGCCCUCAUUAAACCUCCAUGAGUUCCUCGGGGGUAGAAAUGUAGUGUUUGUGGAACAGCCUUUUCUAGGAAGUCAGGCCUCAGUAGGUAAUUGGGAAUUUCCACAGGGAAUAAGUCUUGCAAAUGCAGUGAAUGUGACACCUUCUUUGAUAAAUUAUGUCUUAUAUGUUAUAGACAUUGUGUAGGAAAGAAAAUCGCUGGUACCAGAAUAUAUCUGAUAUCAGAAAAGCCUGUAGCAAGAAUCCUCGACAUAUGUCAGAGAUCAUUUUGGACACAAAUGCUAUGGGAUGCAGUGGUGGUAUAGAGGUAUAGAGGUGGUAUAGAGGAUAAGUCUGUGAGAAUUCAGACUUAUUAAAUUUCUAUGAAAUUUCACUGGGCAGCAAUGCAGAUAAUGUGAGAAAACCUUUUCCUGGAGGUGAUACCUCCAUUGGUAUCAAAGAAUUCCCACAGGACCAGAACAUUAGGAACGAAUGUGAUGAUGUUUUCAGUGUUAAAUUCUACCUCAUCCCAUCAGAGAAGUGUAGAAACACCUCUAGAGACGCCGAAUAUGGACAACGUUUUCAGUAAAAUGUGGAAGAACUCAUAGGAAGGAGAAACCCCUGAACACAAUAAAAGAUGGAAAUUCUAAGCUGGGGAUUCUAUUGCCAAACUAACGAAUGUGUCACAAUUUUGAAUCUUGGGAAUCUGGGAAAGACUUCUCUGAUAAAUGAAAUCCUGUGUUAUGUAGCAAAAACCUAUGAAUGUGAUGAAUAUGGAGCUACAACUUUAUUAGUCUCUUAUGGCUGUUGUAACAAAUUACCAUGCAUUUGGUGGCUUAAAACAACACAAUAUUAUCUUACAGUUCUGGAGGUCUAGAAUCUGAAAUGCGUCUUGCUGGACAAGGGGUUGACAGGGCUACAUUUCUUUUUGGAGGCUCCAGGGAGAACCUGUUUUUCUUUGUCAUUCCAGCUGCUAGAAUUUGCCUGAAUUUAUGGUUUGCAGACCUCUUCCACCUUCCAAGCCAGCAGUGGCUGGUCAACUCUUCCAUCACUCUGACACUGACUCUUGCCUCCCUCUCCUACAUUUAAGGCCCACCCAAGUAAUCUAGGAUAACCUCCCUAUCUUAAAAUCAGCUAAUUAGCAACUGUAACUCCACCUACUACCUUGAUUCCCCUUGCCUUAUACUGUGACAUACUCACAAGUCCUGGAGGUUAGGAUGUAGACAUCUUUGGGGGCCAUUAUUCUGCCUCCUUCAGACCACCCUCUGGCACCCAAUUAUUUGUGUCCAUACCACAUGAAAAAUACAUUCAGUCUCUCUCAGCACCUCCAGAUGUCUCAACCUAUUACAGUACCAACUCAAAGUCUAAAAUUCCACCUAAAUCUUGAGUUUAAACGCUCUAAAUCAAGAAUUGGUUGAGGCUCUGGAUAUGAUUUGUCCUGAGGCACAAUUCCUCUCUAUGAGCCUGUGAAAUCCUAGAAACAAUUCACAUGGCCCUAAAAUACCCAAUUGCAUCUUUUACUUUAAAUGCCUUUUGCCACAUAAUGUAACAUAUUUACAGGGUCUGGAGAUUAGGACAUGAACAUCUUUGGGAGUCCAUUCUGUCUACCACAAAAACAUUAGAUGUCAGAGUAUUCAUACUACAGGAUAUUCCUACCUAGCCAUUAAAUAAAUCUAGAGAAGCGUGUUCACAGAGAAGUAAUUGUCUUUGAUAAUUACAGUCCAAAUACAGUAACUUUUUUUCUACAAACAGGGACUCUUACACCUGUG